GAUCCUCACCAAGGAGGCCGAGGAGGCCCAAGAGGAGCCCACGGUCCAGCUCAAGGACAAGGAGGUGGACGAUCUGGCCAAGAAACUGGCCAAGACGGAGAUUUAAGAGAUGUAUGGAUCGUUUUAUUUGGUUUACAGGUUUAGAUGAUGGAACGCAAGAAGGAUGACCCCCCCAUAUACAGGAGUGAGGAGACAGAGACGAUACCCCCCAAAAUUACACUUCAUCCCAAGCAGUCCUUGUCGUGGCUACUACAUGCAUAAGUUUUCCAAUCAGAAGGAGCUGGACUACGUACGGAUGCAAGAAAUUGACAUCAUUCCCCGGGUGUUGAGGCCUGCCGUAAUACAGGUGGCAUGUCUGAGGCAGUUUUCGUCACUCCACAAUCACCCCACGAAGCCGGCAUCCAUGGGGAUGCUAUUAGAUCACAAGAACAACGAGACGGAAUCGCGUGAGCUUGAAUCGCAGUAUAUAGUAGACAAAAUACUACGGCAUCCUGCCGGACUUGCAGCUAGGGUAAUAAAACAAAUCCACAAACAAAUCAAAGACUUCAAAAACACCUACGCAUUAGUGAUGUGGUUUGAGAGGGCCGAGAGGGUCCCGGCUGCUGCUGUUGCUGAAAGGGCUGAGGGGGGAAAGGAGGGAGAUGGGGAUGCAGGGGCUUGAUGGCAAGGGAGCUUGAAGACCCUGGGGAAGGGAGGUCGAAUUCGGGCGCUGUUGGAAACUUGGAGAG